AAUAAAACGUCAACAAGUAACGGCAGUGCGGGCGCAUAAGUGCCGACGGUUUUUGCCGAAAAAAUUUUAGAUAUAUAAAAGUGUUAAAAAAUAUUAUUUAUUUAGUGUUUCUAUGUGAAGAACUGGUUGUUUACACAAAGCUAAAGACUAGCAAAAAAGUUUAAAAAAUAUAUGACUAAAAUAAAUAUGAACCUACUGCUAAUAGUUUCUCUGCCGAUAUUUAUAUUUGGGGUGCUGUGUGAAGCAUACAUUAGCAAAUAUGAACAGAUGCUGGAGCUCUUUCCACAGCCAACAUACGCAGAAAGCAAGGCUUGGCGCAGUGGUCAAUAUAAAAAUUUCGCCGAUCAUCCUUGUAAACGUACAUGCCGCACCAAUGAGUCGAUGACGUGCUACUAUUACUUCGUCGUGCACUACGACGAUACCUUUAAUCCGAGUUGUGAGCGUUAUCUCGAACAACGAUUCCGCUUUAAGGUUGGUGGGCGUGAGUAUAUCGAUACAUACGCUGUGCGAGAUUUCGAAGGCUUCGACGAUUGCAAGUAUGCGGAUGGCGUGAAGACGGAAGUUAUGGUUGUUAACGGGCAAUUACCCGGCCAAACAAUCGAAGUGUGUCAAGGUGACAUGAUCGUCGUUGAUGUUAUCAAUAGCAUGCAUGAUAUCACCACUAUACACUGGCAUGGCUUGCAUCAGCGGCAAACACCGCAUAUGGAUGGUGUGCCAUAUAUUACGCAGUACCCAAUUGAACCCGGUCAAGCGUUUCGUUAUCGCUUCGAGGUGGAUCAUAUCGGCACGCAUUGGUGGCAUAGUCAUGUGGGGCAUCAACGAGGUUUCGGCAUAGCCGGCGCGUUGGUGGUGAGACAACCAAAAGUGGAAGAUGUACAUGGAUCUCUAUACGACUUUGACUUUUCGGAGCACACAAUCAUGGUGCAGGAUUGGAUGUACGAUCAGGAAGGCUCAGUGCCGCAGAGUAUACUAAUUGAUGGUGUUGGACGCAAAGUACCAGCAGUUAAUGCUAGCAAACCGACCAAAACGACACCAACCCUCUACUCAACCUAUUCCGUUGUGCGUGGCGGAAGGUAUCGCUUCCGUGUAGUCUUUAAUGGUGUGGCCAAUUGCCCGGUAAGCAUAAGCAUCGAUAAUCAUGAACUGAUCGUCAUUGCCAGUGAUGGUAAUGACAUUGUACCCGUAAAGGUGAGCAAGAUCACAUUGCAUGGCGGCGAACGUUUCGACUUUGUUCUGCAUGCAAAUCAAGCAGUCGAAAACUAUUGGAUACGUGUUAAGGGCUACAACUUCUGCAAAAUUAAUAGGUUACAUCAGGAGGCAGUAUUACACUACGAGGGUGCCAAGCGUCGUGCGCUACCAAAAGCGAAGGUGUUCUAUUUAUAUGAACCGAGCGGCAAGGAACUCAAUACCGUCGAUAAGCCACCCAACAAUGAUGAAAAUCUAAUCACAAUUGUCGACUUGAAAGCUUUGGAGAAACGCUCGUUACCGGCGGCCGUGCCGCAACGCACCUUCUACACCAGCAUGACCGUGCGCACCAAAAAUCAGUUCCUCUUUCAGAUGGACGAUAUCACUUUCACAAUGCCGUCACGUGUCUCUCUCCUUCAGACACGCAAUCUAGGUAUUGGUCAAUUCCUCUGCAACAAAACUCAGCAAGCUGCAAUGGGCUUGAAUUGUCGCAGYCGUCAGUGCAAAUGUGCGAAUGUGAUCGAGGUGCCGGCGUUUAAUGAUGUCGAAUUCGUGAUUUCAAGCACCACCGAAACGGCGCAUCCCAUUCACUUGCAUGGCUAUACAUUUCGUGUGGUCGGCAUUGGCGUAUUGGGUGCUGAUCGCAUUCAAAAUAUCGAAGAGAUUGAUCGUCGCACUCCAUUGCCGCGUCGGGAGCGAGGCGCACCACUGAAGGACACUGUGCAAGUGCCAGCCUAUGGUUAUACAAUACUUCGUUUUUAUACGGACAGCCCCGGUUAUUGGAUCCUGCAUUGUCACAUAUCCACGCAUUCGGAGAUCGGUAUGGCCGCGGUAUUGCGCGUGGGUGUACACAAAGAAAUGAAGACGUGUCCGGUGAGCAACUGUGGGCUCUGCAAUUCCGUGCUCUGAGCAGAAGAGCAGAAGAUGAUGAGUGUCUCCAGUAUUAUUUUUUUAUUAAAA